UACCGCUCCUGCUACGAGUGCUCCUCGGGCCCCUGCUGGCCCCCGGGGUGCCUUCAACCCCGGCUUCCGUGGUCGUCCUGCCACCUGCUACAAGUGCGGUGGCCCCAACCACUUUGCCCGUGAUUGCCAGGCUCAGGCCAUGAAGUGCUACGCCUGCGGCAAGCUGGGCCACAUUUCUCGCGACUGCACCGCUCCCAACGGUGGCCCCUUGAGCUCUGCCGGCAAGGUUUGCUACAAUUGCUCCCAACCCGGCCACAUCUCCCGCGAUUGCCCCAACGGUGAUGUCUCGAAGCCUGUCGAUGCGACUACUGCUGCCCCUGCUGCCCCUGCCCCUGCCGCCGGUGCUGAGGCCAGCCAAGAGGCCGCCGCUGUUGCGCCUGCAGCUCCCGCCGCUGUUGCGUAAAUGUACCUCUACGAUUGUUCAUUCCCAGUCAUUGGGAGCCAUUCCCAUUCUUUCUUUUUGUAUUAGGGCUAGCCGACAUUGGUCUCAAUUUUUUUUUAUUCCACGUUUCUUCCUUUGCAUAUAUUGCGGCCUCCCAUCAUUACAACUCUUGGUACCAACUGGUUUCAAUCUCCGUUAUGUAUACGACGAACAACAAAAGUUUCACGAAGUCUUGGUUUUCCUUACUGCUUGGGUCCUGAACACACUGCUCAGGGACUUAUGGAUGGCGUCUAUUGUUCACCUCGGGUAUCUUUCUCAUUUACACAAAUCAGAUGCGGCAAGAAAGAAGGAGACGAGGCCCAGGCGAGGCGACGGGUUAAUUGAGCGCAGAACAAACAAAUGGUGGACCGAAGCGAGCGCGUUUGCAUGCAUGGGAACAGGCUUUAAGGAGGUUUGGCUGGAAUUGUGUAUGGGUGUGUAUUUGCUGAAGAUGUGUGAGUGGUGAAAAGAUCUACCUGGCGCUGUGGCAACCUCCUCAUCUUUUCGUACUAUAUCCUUCUCAUAUACGUCGAUUGGGAAGCGAAACAAAAAUUCAAAAGCGAAGAAACACCAUUGAAAGUAA